CGCUGUCGUGAUUCAGCACAUGUGUAGCUGUUAUCAUGCUGUGCGCUAAAAUCAUGAGUGUUUAUACAUUAUUAAAGGUGUAAAUGUGUAAACCGGAGCAGCUGGAUAACAUCUGUCUGCACACACUCGGGCUGCCGAAUCUUCAGGAGGACUGAGCAGCUCCUCGCGGGUCGUUCAGUCCGGGUUUAGAGUUCAGGUCGAGGAUGUUCGUGCUGGUGGAGAUGGUGGACACGGUCCGGAUUCCUCCGUGGAGUUUCCACCGGCAGCUGAACGACGCGAUCGCCGAAGAGCUCAACAAGAAACUCGCCAACAAGGUGGUGUAUAACGUGGGUUUGUGCAUCUGUCUGUAUGACAUCACUAAACUGGAGGAUUCCUACAUCUUUCCUGGAGACGGAGCGUCUCACACUAAAGUUCAUUUUCGAUACGUGGUUUUCCACCCGUUCCUGGAUGCCAUUCUGGUGGGAAAGAUCAAAGGCUGUAGUGCAGAGGGUGUUCAUGUGAGCCUCGGAUUCUUUGAUGACAUCAUAAUCCCGCCAGAGUCUCUACAGCAACCGGCUAAAUUCGAUGAGGCGGAGCAGGUGUGGGUGUGGGAGUAUGAAACGGACGAGGGCACUCAUGACCUCUACAUGGACCAGGGCGAAGAGAUCCGCUUCCGGGUUGUGGACGAGGUCUUCAUCGACACGUCGCCCACCGGUCCCAGCACAGAGAAAGAAGCCCCGAGUGCAGCCGGCACAACCAGCGCAGCGCCACCUGCAGGCCCGGAGGAUGCCGCACUGCAGAAAGAGGCUCCCUACACACUCAUAGGAUCCGUUAGUGAACCAGGUCUGGGUCUUUUGUCCUGGUGGAACAAUUAACGGUCUCUUCUUCGAUAUAAACUGUGAAACAUCGGCCGCAGCUUUUCACAAGACUCAUUAGCUACUCCUUCACGAUGAACUGAAACUCUGUGGACCAAUCAGUGAGCAGAUGGUGCUGGCCAACAAAGGGAGUCAUUUGUAAUGAUUUAAAAUAGAAUAUUGGGUUGUAAUUCUGCUGUUGUUUGGAGGAUUGUGAUAUUUUGAGUCAGAGUUUACUUUAUAUAUAAAUAUAGAUGAAGUUUUACAAGACACAAUGUUUCUUUUUGGGUCUGAAUGGAAGGUUGUUUUUUUUACUACAUUAAAAUAAAAUAAAUAAAUAUUUGGAAAAUUG